UCCAUGCAGGUGGGAAAUGAAGUGGUGUCAAUUGGAAAGAUUGCAGGCCCAAUAAUGAUUUUAUCAUUGCUCAUACAAUCCAGAUCAAUUAUUUCCAUGUUUUUCCUUAGCCAUUUAGGCAGGGAAGAGCUUGCAGGAGGGUCACUUGCAAUGGGGUUUGGGAACAUUACAGGUAUCUCUGUCAUCAAAGGUCUCUCCUUUGGAAUGGAUCCCAUUUGCGGCCAAGCCUAUGGAGCAAAAAGAUAUUCAGUGCUCAGCCGAACUUUUCAUAGAACAUUGUAUCUGUUGCUACUCACUUGCAUACCUAUCUGCAUCCUUUGGCUAUACGUUGAACCCAUAUUUCUACGCCUCGGCCAAGAUCCCGAUGCCACGAAAAUCGCCAAAGUUUUCUUGCUUGCCUUCAUCCCUGAACUGAUAGCUCAGUCUCUUCUGCAUCCAAUAAGGACAUUUCUAAAAUCCCAGGGCAUAACCACCCCUCUUACAGUCUCUGCUAUUUGCGCUGUCCUUUUACACCCUUUGAUCAACUACCUUUUCACCAUGUAUUUUCAGUUAGGGGUGAAAGGGGUUGCAUUGGCUCUUGGUUGUACUACUUUAAAUCUAAACCUCGGACUCAUAAUCUAUAUGGUCGUGUCGGAAACUCCCUUGAAACCAUGGCAUGGUGUUACCAUUGUCUCCAUCUUCCAAGGUUGGAAGCCGUUGUUAGCGCUAGCGCUGCCUAGUCUCAUAUCGGUGUGCUUGGAAUUUUGGUGGUACGAGAUAAUGUUGUUCCUUUGCGGUUUACUCGACAACCCUAAGGCUAGCGUUGCAGCGAUGGGCAUCCUCAUUCAAACAACAGGGUUGUUAUAUAAUUUCCCCUACUCCCUAAGCAGCUGCAUUUCUACAAGAGUUAGUCAGGCUUUGGGUGCUGGUCGACCAUCCCGCGCCCAUCUGGCGGCCAACAUCGGCCUCCUCAUGGCCUUCGCAUUCGGCGGCUUGUCCUUUGUUGCCAUGAUAGUCCUGAGAUCAUGGUGGGGGACGUUGUUCACCGAUGAGCCACAAAUUAUCGACUUGAUAUCCACUGUGCUUCCAAUUUUGGGGCUAUGUGAAGUCGGCAACUCUCCGCAAACAGUGGCCUGUGGUGUCUUAACGGGGACUGCACGUCCUAAAGACGGUGUUCGCAUAAAUUUGUGUUCGUUUUACAUCGUUGGAUUGCCGGUUGCAAUUCUCACCACUUUCAAAUUCAAAUUCGGGUUCAAAGGUCUAUGGUUUGGGCUUCUUGCAGCACAAAUUUCAUGUGUGUGCAUGAUGAUGUACACAUUCGUUCGAACCGAUUGGAAGCACCAGGCUAAACGGGCCGACGAGCUGACCACGGCUGCAGCUGGCAAAGAUGAUUUAGAAACCAGCCUACUUACCACUGAUCAUUGACUUCACAAUACAAAAAUUGGUUGACAGACAGCUUUUUUAACAA